AUGGGGCCAGAUACUCCCAGGAGCUUCCAGGAAGAACCCAGGACUGUCAGCACUGCAGCAAGGUCCUCCUGGGCAGCUCAUGGCUGCAGGUCUCAACCACCAACCCCCAAGGCUCAGAGGUUCAGCCUCAAACACCAACUGGAUACACACCACCGGGUACACACAGGAGAGAAGCCGUUUGAUUUACGUCUGUGUGGCCAGCGGUCGAGGGACUACUCAGCCAUGAUCAAGCACCUGCGGACCCACGGCGGGGCCACGCCCUACCAGUGUACUGCCUGCCUGGAGCUCUGUAGCAGCCUGGCUGCUAUGCAGAAACAACUGAAGAACCAUACGCUGCAGGACUUCCCCCCAGACUGGACCAUCAGCAGCACCUACCUGUACACAUACAGUGAGGGAAAAAAGUAUUUGAUCCCCUGCUGAUUU